CCGGGAGGACGGAUCCCGCACAAACAACUGAAUUCGCAGCCUGGCGCUUUUGGGAGCCCGAAGGCGCACCUCCCUGGCUUUGCGGGAGUUGGAGCCGUGCGUGGAGGCAGCUCGCGGGACUGAGAGCUGCUCGGUCGGUGGGGCGCUGCGCACCGAGACGCGGAGCACCGAGCGCAGACCCCUGAGGACAGUGCGCUCGCGGCGGGGAGCCCAAGUGCCCAGGGGUGGGAAGGCGACAGCCCGCGCGAGCCGGGCCCUCUAAGGAGGGCCAAGGAGGCGCCGCGUGGACAGCAUGCGUUUCUCGGGAAGCUCCGACGUGGAGCCCGCGGGCAACUUCAGUCCCUGGUGGCCCCUGAGAGCGGGCGGCGCCAACGGCAGCCUGGGGGCCGGCGAGCCGCCGGGGGAAGGGGACGAGCCGCAGGGGGAUGUGCGCAACGAAGAGCUGGCCAAGCUGGAGAUCGCCGUGCUGGCCGUGACUUUCGCGGUGGCGGUGCUGGGCAACAUCAGCGUGCUGCUGGCGCUGCACCGCACUCCGCGCAAGACGUCCCGCAUGCACCUCUUCAUUCGGCACCUCAGCCUGGCCGACCUGGCCGUCGCCUUCUUUCAGGUGCUGCCGCAGCUGUGCUGGGACAUCACCUACCGCUUCCGCGGCCCCGACUGGCUGUGCCGCGUGGUGAAGCACCUGCAGGUGUUCGCGAUGUUCGCGUCUGCCUACAUGCUGGUGGUCAUGACCGCCGACCGCUACAUCGCCGUGUGCCACCCGCUCAAGACCCUGCAGCAGCCGGCGCGCCGCUCGCGCCUCAUGAUCGCCGCCUCCUGGGUGCUGAGCUUCGUGCUGAGCACGCCGCAGUACUUCAUCUUCUCCAUGAUCGAGGUGAACAAUGUCACCAAGGCCCAGGACUGCUGGGCCACCUUCAUCCAGCCCUGGGGGUCCCGCGCCUACGUGACCUGGAUGACCAGCGGCAUCUUCGUGGCACCCGUGGUCAUCUUGGGUACCUGCUACGGCUUCAUCUGCUACCACAUCUGGAGCAACGUCCGCGGGAAGACCGCGUCGCGCCAGAGCAAGGGCUCCGAGGGCGCGGCCGGCGCCUUCCACAAGGGGCUGCUGCUCGCGCCCUGUGUCAGCAGCGUGAAGACCAUUUCCCGCGCCAAGAUCCGCACGGUGAAGAUGACCUUUGUCAUCGUGACGGCGUACAUCGUCUGCUGGGCGCCUUUCUUCAUCAUCCAGAUGUGGUCGGUGUGGGAUGAGAAUUUCAACUGGACCGAUUCAGAAAACCCUUCCAUCACCAUCACUGCUCUGCUGGCUUCACUGAACAGCUGCUGCAAUCCCUGGAUAUACAUGUUUUUCAGUGGCCAUCUCCUGCAGGACUGUCUCCAAAGCUUCCUGUGCUGCCAAAAUAUAAAGCAAAACUUCAACAAAGAAGAAACUGACAGCAUGAGCAGAAGACAAACUUCUUACUCUAACAACCGAAGCCCUACCAACAGUACGGGUACGUGGAAGGACUCACCGAAGUCGUCCAAGUCCAUCAAAGUCCUUCCUGCUUCCACCUGAGCCCCAAGUUCAUGAAGUUUCACUCUUGCAAUUGACUUCUUGGCACCUUUCUUGCUAGUAAAUCAUGAGAACAAAUGAACUUUUAUGAGAUGAGCAUAAAUCAAUUCAUUGGGUAAAAGACUGUGUUUCUAGUUGCAUACUCUAUGUUGCUAUGACUAAAAACUAUGAAUUCUUUUAUACAUGAAUGUUAAUGAAACUCAUUGCAAUAAAAUGUGCAGGACUAAUUCCCAGCAGCUUAACAGACAUUAUAUAUUUCUAAAGGAAACAUCAUAGCCAUUCUGAAUUUGUAUUCUGUUGUUGAUUUAUUUUGUUAUUUUACUUCGUAGAUAAGUAAGGCUUGAUUGAUUUAAAAUUCAUAGAAUGUAGGGGCACUGAUGAACAAAUGACUUAAUCAUCAGAGACUUCACAGCAACUCUCCUUCCAUCUAUUAAAAUCACUUUAUGCAUCGUAAUGUGCAGUUCCAAAUGGUGGCUUGGGGAGAAGAUGGUGCCUUGCAGAGGUGUGAGUGCCUGGGACAUACUCAGCAUGAGGUGACCGAUUCACAAGGAAAAGGGGAAAGUUGUAUAAGAACCUACAAAUCACCCUGAAUUUCAAGAGAGUAGGUUUAAGGUUGGCAGUGCCUUCAUUAAGCUUCCUCAUGCUUCACUGACUCUGAAAAAUGUGAUUUUCAAGAUGUUGAAGGUUACCAAACACAUUGCUUGCUGGAUGGUUAUACCUUUUUUCUUCCACUGCAAGGUUGUUUUAAAGGUAGAUUUCUGUGACGAAUGUCAGGUUUUAUUAGGACAGUAGAAAAGCCUGGCAUAAGACACUCUGUAGACUUUCCCUUGAACAUUGGAGAGACAUUUGGAUCAGUAUUAUAAGGGAUCUUUUGCUAUGCUGGACGUUGACAUGAUCAUUAACAGUCAUUAUCUGAGGAGUCCGCAUUCAUAGAAGAGUCUCCCAGUCACCCAAGUUACAAAAUGUCCUCGCAUUUUCAAUGAGAAAUGGCUUAGGUGGCCCUCCAAACUCCUAAUAAUCCGACAGCCUCCUAGUAGAGAAGAGGCGGGGCUGGGGGUUGUGGGAGGGCGUGCCAUGGAGAGAGCCUAGCACCUGGCUUCCCUCAUUAACAAAUGUGUGAUUUUAGGCCAAGAUUCAAGAGGACAGAAGCCUCUGCUUCCUAGCCUGUUUGACAGAGUUGCUGACACUUUGCUCACAGGGAGCUUCUUGCACACUAACGUGCUGUGUAUAUGCUAGCAGUCGGUUUUAUUACAGUCUUGGGAUCUUCAGAGCUGCAUGGCUUGUUUCCUGUUUACUUUUCAUUAGCCAGAAUUGGCGGGGUUCGAGUCUGGGCUAUAAGGUCCUAAAAUUUAAAUAUAGAUCUGCUGAUUCAUUGGAAAGCAUUGCUUCCCAUCACUAGGCCUGACUUCUGCUGCCUGACUGGAGUUUUCCAAUUUGAUAGAGAUACUGUUUGCUUUCCUUUGAAAGCAGGUAGCAUUCACAUGCAUCAGUUUCUUUUAAUUCUGAACAGAGGGUUAUUACAACUCUGCUUGGCUAUUGUUGUUCUAUUUUUCACUAAUGAAACUAAGAGGCCUUUUUUUUAACCCUUAGGUAUGUUGUCUGACUCCUUCUUCAUGCAAAGAUUUAAGAAUACAUCAUAAUUAUUUUUGCAAUCCUUAGGGGAAUAAUAGUUGCUUACAAUAGUAUUACUGGGCUUCCUUUUUGGCUUUGUAGAUAAGAGACCGAGGACCUGAUGGCACUGUGAUAACCUGAAACCAUCAACUUCACUCCUCUUCAUUCCCAGCAUUUCCAAACUCUCAGCCCUGAGCCGCCCCAGAUGGAUAGGCCUAAAAAAUAUUUCCAAGCGUCCUGUAGAGAUUAGACCCUCAGGUUUCAGAAUUUGUUCUAAAAAUAACAAAAAUGUCCCUUGAAGGGCAGCCUAAUAUAAGCCAUGAGCUAAAUUAGUCCCUCCUUCACUAUUUGAGUUAGAGCGCAUCUUAGUAACCCUGCCCUCUAUAAGACUGCCAGCGCUUUUGACAACUUCCCUUUGGUAGUUGAAAAACUAAACCUUUUGGAACUGCAGCGGGGAUGAGCCAUCUAAAUACAAAGACGAGUUAUAAAUCCAUUUCCAAAGUAACAAUCUCAUUGCCUUUCUAUAGACUCUGUUUUCAAAAGGUUGGCAGAUACCCAUAGGAAAUCAGAUUCCAUUUGAUUCUUGUUUCUGGGAGCUUCUCUCAAACACAGUGCAUAUCGCCCUAUCCAGGUAACUUUUCUUUUAAAUGCCUCAAGAGAUGAAAUAAUAGAACAUAGGCAGGAGGGACAAAAUAACAUCUGGAUGUUAGUUUUGCACUAGGCAAAUACAAGUAUGGGCUUAUUCUCCAUGGUUUAGGCUAGGAAAAUUAAUCUCUUCAGCGCUAAACUUUCUUAAUGUUGUAUACUUGGAAAUGGCAUUCAUAUAUCCCCAAAAAAUAUUACUCCAAGUUGAAAGAGUCCUGAUUGUCCAUUUCAAAAGAAAGGAAACUAUAGGUAAUAAAGAGGAAAUGCUCUGGAAGGGAAGUUUUCCUUUUCUUCACCAAAGAGAAGAUCCAAGGUGUUAUGCCAAAUGACAGCUUAAAGUCAAAAAGAAAUGUGUUGCAGCACUUUUUUUAAAUUUAUAGGUAUUAUGUGGAAAAUACUGCAAGUAUGUAAUACUAAUGUAUCUAUGUGGUUGUCAGGAAUGUGACUGAUAUAAAAAAUCCAGCAGUAGGGAUAAACUGAUUUAUAGAGCAGCUCAUAAAUAUUAAUUGGCAAUGAAAAUGAAACAUUUGAAUUACAUAUUAAGUGCUUACUGAGUUAAUUCUAGGGAAUGUAUUUUUAAAGUGUAAAACUACUUGGCAUUUUAUUAUUUGGGAUGUAACUGCAAAGGAAUUUAGUGAAUUUUGGUGGUCCAUUAUACAUUUGUCUGAUAUACAGAAUUACAAUUAUCAUCAAAGAAGUUUUAUACUGUAAUUGAGAGAAGGGUGUACUUUUAGAGAAAAAAAUAGUAGUAUCAGUGCUGUGCUUAUUAAUACCAAGCUUGUUACCAUUCCCAGAAUGGACAGUCAUUGAGGAUUAAGAAAUACAACUCUCACUUGUUGCUACACAAGUAAAGUAACCCAAUUAGGUUGAUGUUUAAUGCUUUCAGACUGUAAAGUUCAUAUUUUCAUAAUUUAUCUGGACACUCGGAGCUUUACAUUAUGUCCUCAGAAUUAUCUAAAACAUAAUUAGAUGCUGUGUAGGGGGUUAUGGAGCCUGAUCCCUCACCCCAGAUAGCAGAUAGCUCCUGUCUCUGGAGGAGGUAAUGGCUUUGCUUGCAGUAAGUCUGGGGUGGGCUAUUUAGGAUGCUAGUUCUGGACCUGCCAAAGCAGUCGGUGCCUCUCUGCCACAUUCCCACCCUUCAUGGGCCCUUGGAGUACUAUUCAGUGCUGCUGGCCACACUUGGAAUCAUGAGGAACACAGGACAACAAAGAUUAGCAAGUGGUUCUUGCUUAUAAUUUGAUCUCAGUCAAUCUGAGCCAAAAUUCAAGGGCUAUUCAGAAGAAAAAUUAUUUCUUUGAAUCUCCAAGGAAGUGAAAUGGAUUGAGUCACACGAAUUGUGUGAUUUCAUUUUACACAUAGACAGCUUAAGAAUAUUGUGUUAACAGAUUUUGUCUACAACAAGUUUUUGUGAGUGAACAUAUACAUGUGAGCUACGGUAUGUCAGAAUAAAAACAAUGGUAAUUAUGGCUAAAAAUUCAAUGUCAUUUCUCUUUAUAUAGUUUUUAUAUAUACUCAUCCUUUUUAUUGAUUUAUGUUCUAAAUAAAAACUAAAAAAGCUAUAAGAUGAAUUAGAUAUAUUUAUGUUCCUGGGUCAAAUGAACAAAUUCAAAUAAAGAAAUAUGAGAAUAAAUCUAAUAGUAAAAUCAGAACAAUUGUUAUUAAUGUAAGAUAAUUAGCAUUUCCACACACAGAGGUAGCUGUCUUUAUACCACAGGAUUUAAGAUUUAAAUAUAUCCUAUGAUGUUUUAGCUCAUUAUUGUAACAAAACACUAAGAGUUAAGGUUAUAUAUUUAGUAUUCCAUUUUUGGAACUAUUUUUCAAAUGUUCUAUAACUCUUAGCUUACUAUGCUACAUAGCAGAAAUAUAGUAUGUUUUUCCUGAGCUAAUUAUAUGAUUCCAGUUAUGAAUGGAUAUUGAAACGUUUUGUGAUUGUAUCUGAUAAUUGGUUGCUUACAGACAAAAACGGAUGGUGGUAAUAUAUUGAAAUAAUUGCUGUAUUUAUUCCUUAAUUCUCUUGUGUGUAGCUUAAUUCCAUAAAUAAAAACAAAUUUCAUAUA